AUGCAUAAAGGAAAUAACUCUGGUAUAACUGAGUUCAUUCUUCUGGGAUUCACAGAUAAACCUGAAAUGCAGCUACCUCUUUUUGUACUGUUCCUCUUUAUUUAUAUCAUUACCAUAAUAUGGAAUCUUGGGAUGAUUUUGCUGAUAUGUGCUGAACCCACGCUUCAGAAUCCUAUGUAUUUUUUCUUAGGUAAUUUGUCCUUUGUUGACCUUUGCUACUCUUCAGUCAUUACCCCCAAAAUGUUGGCUAACCUUUCAAAUGACAGUAAAAUGAUUUCAUUCAAUGCCUGUGCUCUGCAGCUAUAUUUAUUUGGGUUCUUUGCAGAUGUAGAAUGUAUUUUACUAGCCGUGAUGGCCUAUGACCGCUAUGUGGCUAUCUGCAAUCCAUUACUGUAUACAGUUGUGAUAUCCAAGAAGGUCUGCAAACACCUGAUAGCUGUAGCAUACUUUAUAGGCACAGUGGAUGCAAUUGUACACACCUCCUGUACAUUCCAACUAACAUUCUGCAAUUCUAAUGUCAUCAAUCAUUUUUUUUGUGAUGUGCCACCUCUGCUAGAACUCUCCUGCUCUGACACCUAUAUCAAUGAGAUUGUGACGUUUGUCUUUGUUGGCUACAUUGAAGCAGGCAGCAUUGGAAUGAUUCUUGUUUCCUAUGUUUACAUUGUAAUCACAGUCCUGAGAAUGCACUCUACUGAAAGCAGGUUUAAAGCCUUUUCUACCUGUGCCUCCCACCUGUCAGCUGUUGGAAUAUUCCAUGGGACAAUACUUUUCAUGUAUUUUCGACCCAGUUCCAGCUACUCAAUGGAACAAGACAAGUGGGCCUCCGUGAUCUAUACAGUAGUAAUCCCCAUGCUCAACCCUCUGAUCUACAGUCUUAGGAACAAAGAUGUGAAACAAGCCCUGGCAAAGGCACUUGGUAACAUAGGGCUUUUGAAAAGGAAUGAUAUUGCCUCACAGUAG